ACUCCAUUCUUCAUCAGUCAACCUGCAAGCUCUCAACCACCAAAAUGUCCGUCGGAGGAACCUUCCAGCUCGUCAAGAACGAAAACUUCGUGGCAUAUCUCACGAACCUUGGCAUUCCCGAAGAUAAAGCGAAACUAGCCGACUCACUCAAACCCAAGCUUGAAGUAGUCGUCGAUGGGAAGAAAAUUUCACUGAACAGCGACUCCGGAGUCGACAACGCUUCCUCGACUCUCACAUUGGGCGAAGAAGUAGACGAACCCAUGCCUAAUAACAUCACCCUCAAAAGCACGGCCAAAAUUGACGGGAGCACCUUGACUAUCACGUCGAAGACGCCCAAAGGAAAGACUGGUUCCAGGGUCUAUAAAUUCUCUGAUAGUGAACUCGUUCUGACGCUGAACGAGGACGGAGGAAGUGUUAUAGCCAAAAGGUUUUACAAGAGGGUCUAGGAUUUUUUAUUUAUUGGGUAGUGAUUUAAGACUCAUUUGUAUAUGAAUUGAUGGAAUAAAACGAACUUAAUGUUUAA